CAAGUCAUGUCAACACACUUAUGGCGUAACCUCCUAAAUUUCCGUGUUUAUAUUUGGACAUAAAUUAAAAAUUUGGUAUAGGUUUCAAAAUUUUUGUAUUAAAUAUACAUUUUAAAGUGUAAACUACAAAAUUGUAAAGUGUAAAAAAAGUGCCAACAAAAUGCCUGAACAAAACGAAUCCAAGGGUGCCGAUAAAGAUAAAAGAGUAAAAAUCAAUGUUGAAGGGGAAGAUGAGGUCGGCGACGGCGAGAUGGGCCGUAAGAAGAUGAAGCGGUUCGUGAUGCCCAACGUGCCGAGGUGGUGGCAGCUCAAGAUCAUACAAUAUGCCUUCGCCCACCCGCACGUCCGGGCGCGGCUCGAGAAGCACAUGGGCUCCAACCUGGUGCUGCUGACCGACAAGGCCUACAUGACCCAGCUGGAGGACCGCAUCCGCGAAGUCAACGAGGAGAACCUCAACAAGAGGAUAUCCACCCGAGUCCUCGACGAAAUGGAGCGGCUGAAACGGCUAAUCCUCGUCGGGAAGACUCCACUGAAGGAGUGCCCCCCUGAGCUCUACAACCACCCCGUCUUCGUGUUUUGGAGGAUGGUCAAUAAGGAGGUCCAGAGAGCGUCGAAGAAACGGGCUGAUGCGUUUCUCAGGAAACUGAAGGCGGCACAAAAGGCUAUUCAAACUGCCGACGAAGACGUGGAAACGGUAGAGGAGGAAACAGAAAGCGAGCAGCUGACGCCCCAGCAGCUGCUCGACAAGGUCAACCAGGAGUUGGAGCAGCAAAAGGCAGCCGACAUCGAGAAGGGUGUCCGUUUCACCGACGACCAGUACGCGCUCAUCAAGUAUGAGACGCCGGAUGUUAAGACUCUCAAAACUCUUACGACCGUGGAAGAGCUGUACGCAUUGGCCGACAAGAUUAUUGGAACUAAACGCAUUUGAGCUAUUUUGUAAAAAUUCUUGGUAAUGAAACUAUAUUAACUUUAAAAAAUGGUAGAACGAACAGUUUAAUUGAAAUUGGAAUUACACUGGUAGAACUAGGAAUAGGACAAACCCCGCCAGUAUACAAGGUCCACAUAUUAUCUCCUAGUAAUCUUUUGAGAAUUACCUAUAAUCAAAAGGAUCUAACGGUAUCGACCUAUUCCAACUGUAUUCGAGAUAUUUAUUGAUAGCGAUACCCGCUUGAAUGAUAAUAGGUAUCAAAUAGGUAACAUUUUGUAGUAAUUGUUUUCUAAUAACUUAAUCAUUAGUAUCAGUAGUGAGAAGCAUUUUUUAUGAAUAUUUUAUUGCCAUAAGCCUUAUCAUUUUAGUUAUUGAGUCAACUCUAAAAAAUGAGUAAGUAACAGUAGAUUUAUUGACAGACAGUAGAUUUAUUGAUCCCGACAUGAAGGUUGUCGCACUGUUUAUCAAAUUAGUGUGAAAAAGAUUGCUUAAGUUUAAACAAUAAAAUAAAAAUAGAAAUCACAUUGACCCCUAGUCAAUGUUUAAUGUGUAAGUGUUUACAACACGUAUUAAGCAACUGUGAUUUUGUAAUAAAUUGUGUCGUAAUACA